CGGUGCCUUCACUGUGGACAGUCCAUGUCUUCAGACCAUGUGAGGCUUCUUCGCAGGCCUUUGCCCCCCAAAAAGCUCCCUCCGGUCCUGACACCCCGUCCUGCUGCUCGGCCUCCAGAUAGUAGAGGGUCCAGUUUGCAGGAAGCUGACCUCCACACCCCGAGGAGAGCUGCACCUACCCCGGUGAUGGCUGACACCUCUGCCCUGACAACAGACAGCAUGAGCAUGGGUUUCCCCUGGAGGAAGCCUCACAUUCUACCCAAGAACCCCCUUCUGCAAAUCCUCCACACAGACCCUCGCUUCGUCCCCCCGCCGCCCAGCUUCUGCCUCUGUGACUUCCUGCAGACCCGUCACGAGGUCGGACGAGGCUCUCAGUUCCUGCCGGGCCUGGGCAGAACGGCUGUGUCCCGCUGUAACUACCGCAAGAUGGUGAAUCUGCUGCUGCAAGAUCUGCACAGGAGCCGUCAGACCGAGGUGUCCCGCCAGCUCCUGACCUCCCAGGACCUGUGGGAGGUCAGCAGCAGGGUCCCACACGGCCAGCUGCUCUGUGAGCUGGCAGUGCUGAUCAACAUGGAGGUCACGGCCCUGCAGGUGACCAUGAGGAGCAGUCUGCUGGAUCCUGAACCUCAGCAUCAGCUUCCUUACCAACCAGACACCCAAUGGCCAGAUUUAAAAGCGUCACCUUCCACAGGCAGAGAGGCUGUCCUGAACUCUGUGACCGCCAAACACUCGCAGGGCUCGCCUCACACACCGCUGCCUUUCCGACCAAUCACAGAGUCCAUCAGCCCCUCUGAACGGGCCGUACUGUACUGUCUGAAGCAGGGGGGCAAGGCACUCAACCUCAAGUUCCAUGACUGUUCCUACUUCAUUCAGGUUUUGUGGAAAGGCUUCCACAGUGCACAAACUCUGGUCUGCCUCAACCUGUCCUUCAACAACCUGUCUGUCUUCCCAGAGGAGCUGUAUGACUUGGUCCAGCUGGCUGAGUUGAACAUGAAGGAAAACCCCCUGCAGCAGCUUCCUGCAGGACUCCAGCGCCUGGUCAGACUGAGGACUCUGGUCCUGUCCUCCUGCAGGAUCCGCUGCCUGCCUGCAGAGUGA